AGACAAUCAUACACGGACGUAUACUAUAGUACGUUUGCCUGGGCUAGAGUGUAACACCGUCACACCAUGAGCGAAACACAAGUCUCCGAUAGUGGGACGUUUCAGAAGGCGGUGGGCGUGUUAAUUCUGCUGCAGCCCAUCCUGAAGUUCCUGAUUCUAGCUCUGAUCUUCUUGGUGGCUUUCUUCGUGCGCCAAUUUUCAGUAGUGCGAUUCGAAUCCAUCAUCCACGAGUUUGAUCCAUGGUUCAACUACCGUGCCACCCAAUACUUUGUAGAGCACGGAUGGGACGACUUCAUCAACUGGUUCGAUGAAUUUGCCUGGUAUCCGCUUGGUCGUAUUGUUGGUGGAACCGUAUACCCCGGGCUGAUGUUGACGUCAGGCUUUAUCCAUUGGGUGCUGAACGGUCUCAACAUGACCAUCCACAUCCGCGAGGUUUGUGUGUUCCUGGCGCCCUUAUUCUCCGGGUUAACUGCCAUCGCAGCAUACCUACUCACUAAGGAGUUGAAGGAUGAGGGUGCUGGUUUACUGGCUGCAGCCUUCAUGGGUAUUGCUCCUGGGUACAUCUCGCGCUCUGUGGCAGGUUCGUACGAUAAUGAGGGUAUCGCUAUCUUUGCGCUGAUCUUCACGUACUAUUGCUGGAUCAAGGCUCUUAAAUUAGGAUCAAUGUUCUGGGGUGCCAUGACGUCUCUGGUGUACUUCUACAUGGUCAGCGCGUGGGGAGGCUACGUCUUCAUCACCAAUCUGAUCCCCCUGCACGUGCUCACCCUGUUACUCAUGGGUCGUUACACCUCGAAGAUCUACAUCUCAUACUGUACGUUUUUCGGCAUCGGCCAUCUGCUGUCUAUGCAGAUCCCCUUCGUUGGUUUCUUGCCCGUCAAGACAUCCGAGCACAUGGCGUUUAUCGGCGUAUUUGGCCUGCUGCAGUUGGUGGCUUUUUCCUACUUUAUCCGCCAGUACCUGGACGAUACCAAUUUCCUGCGCCUCAUCAAGACAACCGUGGUCCUGAUCAUCGCUGGAGGUCUGGGUGGUCUAUUCCUGCUGUCCUCACUGGGCUAUAUCGCACCCUUCGCCGGCCGCUUCUACUCUCUUUGGGAUACGGGGUAUGCCAAGAUACAUAUUCCUAUCAUCGCCUCUGUAUCAGAGCAUCAGCCCACGCCGUGGACAUCGUACUUCACUGAUCUAAAUAUUCUCGUACCUAUGCUGCCUGUGGGUGUGUGGUGCUGCUUCCAGAACCUAACCAACGAAAAUGUCUUCAUUUUGUUGUACGCAGCCACCGCCGUCUAUUUCUCUGGAGUCAUGGUGCGUCUAAUGCUGACACUCACCCCCUGCGCCUGUAUCAUGGCCGCUAUUGCCUUCUCGAGUGUACUGGACACGUACAUGCGUGACGAUACCGCUGCUGGACGGCGUCUGACCAAAGAGGAGCAAAAAACCUACCAAUCGCCGCAUCUGUUCACGCGUGCGUCGGUAGUGGGUGUAGUGACGUACAUGCUGAUCUUCUUCUCGGGUCACUGUACGCACACCACAUCCACGGCGUACUCAUCGCCUUCGGUAGUGCUGGCUUAUGGCAAUUCCAUUCUUGACGAUUUCCGUGAGUCCUACUACUGGCUCAGACAGAAUACAAGCCCCGAUGCCAACAUCAUGUCGUGGUGGGACUACGGCUACCAAAUUGGAGGUUUCAGUAACCGAUCUACACUGGUGGAUAAUAACACGUGGAAUAACACACACAUCGCUAUGGUUGGUAAAACCAUGGCUAGCAAUGAGACCGAGGCCGCAAAGCUGAUGGAGUACAUGGACGUAGACUAUGUGCUAAUUAUAUUCGGUGGCUACAUCGGGUAUUCGGGAGAUGACAUCAAUAAGUUCUUAUGGAUGGUGCGUAUUGCCGAGGGUGAGUUCCCGGAUAUAAUACAGGAGCACAACUACUUCAAUGCUCAGGGUCAGUACAAGGUCGACGCCUCUGCGUCUCAGACUAUGAAGAAUAGUCUCAUGUACAAAAUGUCAUAUUACCGCUUCGGUGAAGUGGGAGGACAGGAUCGUGUGCGAAACACACCUGUGGACACGUCCCAGAUCAAUUUUGAACACCUUGACGAGUGUUACACCUCCGAACAUUGGAUGGUGCGGAUAUACAAAGUGCGCAAGAACGUCAACCGCGACACCCCUGCCCCUCUCUUGGGCGCAAAGGGAGGUGCUAAGAAACGAGGAAUUAAUGCAUAGAAGCAACCUGUGUAGCCAGGGCGAUUUUUUGUAUUCUCGGUGUGCUACGAGCACUGGCGCUCGAUGCACGUAGAGAAUGGAUAGGGAGUGCAUAGUGAUUCAAUAGCUGAGGUGUCCAGGCCGCUUCUUUAAUUAAGCGUGUUGGUUCGACGGUUAGCUACGCAUGCCUCUAUUUACGAAUGCGAUUAAUAUUGAAUGAGCCAUUAAGUGGUGAGAGAGAGAGAGGGAGGGGGCAAAGAAUUGACCGUUUCUUCGCCCUAACCCCCCUUCGUCUGCUAAGCACUUUGCCAUAGAUUUAUGGUAAUAAAAUUCAUUGUUUAUAAC